AUGGAAGGAGACGGCGGUGCAGAUGUUAGCGAGUUCCUCUUGCGGAUACGGGAAUUGGGCGAUAAACGAGACAAGGAGGAUGCCGAUAGGGCGAGGCAGCUCGAAGCCGAGAUCUUGGCCGGGCGAGAAGCCCGACGGGCUAGGCGAGACGAACGAGCUCGCUCUCUUUCGCCACAGAAGGACUCGCCAGGUGGAACUCCGAUUAGCCUGAAAUCCGCUGUCUCCCGACCUGAAACCCGGGAUAGCGACGAUACCGCCGAACGCGUUGAUACCGGCACGAAUGCGGCACUGGCGAAGUUGACGGGGAAGCUUACUGAUGCCACUGAAACAACCAGUAGCGAAGCUCCUCUGAGACGGACACCCACACUCUCCUGGCAGCGUCGUCCAAAAUCCUUCCAUGGCAGUGUGUAUGGGGGGUUGCCGAAGUUAUCACCUUCAUCUCCUAAUGCUGGUGAAUCGACGGAUUCACCAGAAAAGAGUCGAGCCCAGAUCACUGCGAACCUUCAAUCGAAGGAGCCCACAUGGUUCAGUCAAACACGGGAACGGGCUGCUACAUCCGGUGCUCUAAGGAAAGCGGAAGAGGAGAGGAUGGAAAGUGUUUCUAAAAUGUCCCUGCCCGGGAUGUCACCGUCCUCUGGUGAUAGCAGCAUCAUGCAGGCCGAGAUCCCAGAACUCCAGAAAGCUUCUCCACGUACGGCAUUCGAUUCUCUGUCAACUACAAGAGUCGCUAGAAGCGGUUCCCUCAAGUCUGAGAGAUUUCCGCCAUCGGAUCUUGCGCGAUCACCUUCAAUAGCUAGCAAUGCUUCCGGUCGAUUUGAAGUCGAGGAUUCUCGUGCCGCUCCCCUGAUGAGCCCGAGUCAAGAACGCCUCUCACCUGACUCGAGGGACCGUACCCCAAGUCCAACAAAAGGUGUUGGUGGCUUUGUACAGAGUGCGAGGUUGAAAAGGGAAGGAUCCAUGCACAAGAGAUAUGGAAGUAGGGCGGAGUCAGUUAGCAGUGGUAGUGGUCAUUCGAGGAGCAACUCGGUGUUUGCCAGAGGCAAUGAGCCGGUCCUGUUGCCAACAUCUAGGGGAUCAACUCCUGCUCCCGAAGACCUUUCAUCCGAGCCCGAAGCAGAACCCGUCGCCAAACCAAUCCGCGGUCGUUCUAACACCACGUCCGAAGGACUCACAAAUCGAUACUCACGACGAGAUAGCACUCCACCGGCUUCUCCUGGGAAAACCUUUGAGCCCAAACGAUGGAGCCCAACCAAAUCGUCCUGGCUGGAGACUGCUUUGAAGAAGGGAACCGACAAUCCUCAGCCCCCGAUGGCGCCUGCAAAGCCACAACCAAAACCUGUUGAACUCUCGCCAUUCGGCCAACCCCCGGUGCUUCCUGCUAAGACUCCCAUUCUAUAUCCAAACCCAAUACCUUCUUACGAGUCGUUGAAAAAAGCGAAUGAGAAGAAUGCACCCGAGACAACGGGCUCGUACAAAAGGGAUGAUGACACAGAAAAGAAGCUGUCGGCUGCUGAUAAGCCAGCCAUCUAUGGUCUUAACCGAACGAAUACAUUGCCGUCGUCGACCGGAUCCAAUAGGAAUUCUAUGAUUGACCUUUCCGCCAAACCUACAUCAAAACCAAAGGAACAGAUCAACUUCCGCGCUUCGUUGAAACCUCGCCCGCAUUCCGGUAAAGGCGAUGAGAAGGAAGAGCUUCCGUUCCUCAAUGCAAUGUCACGGUUGAAAUCGACAAGAACACAGAACUACAGGGCGCCCAACGAGUUGAAGGACAAUAUUCUGGCUGGGAAGGCGAAUCUGAACAAUACGGGAGGAGUCCAAAAGGCGCCGAAAAUAGAUCCCCUGAAGGAGAGCUUGCUUUCUGCGAAGGGCUCGCUCAGACAUUCAGACUCCCCCGUGAAACCCACGUCGUCGUCAUUUUCGCCGGUGGAGCCAAGAUCUAAGACUCCUGGACCAAUGGAACCCAGAUCUAAAACUCCCGGACCGGCGGACAUGAGGCCAAAGACUCCCGGACCGCCUGUGAAGAAAGGCACACUUGCGGAAAGGUUCAAUCCAAACCUUUUGGGUCUGUUGUCACGAGGACCACCUACGGCUGCGAGCGGGAAUGCCUUUAGGUCGUCGAGAGGUGCGGAGGAUGCAUCCAAAUCAACUGGAGGUUCUGCGCAAUCCGCGGUUCCCCUCAAUCAUGUAUGUGAAUACCUACAGCUCUAG